AUGGCUGAAUCUUCUUCCACUAUUGCCAAGCCCACUAUAGAGUUAGGAUCCAAAACUGUCCAAGAGCUGCUCCUGCUCGCCAAAGGGGAACAAGAAGUGCCCGAGAAAUAUAUCUAUAAAGUUGGAGCCCCAGAUGCUUCUUCUGUCCAGUUGAAGGAUAUUCCAGUAAUUGAUCUUGGCCUACUCCUCACACCUUCCUCAACCACUCAACAACUUGAGAAUUUUCGAUCAGCUCUUACCACAUGGGGUUGCUUUCAGGUAAUAAACCAUGGCAUGACACCUGAAUUCCUAGACGAGGUCCGCGAAAUGACAAAACAAUUUUUCGCACUUCCACUGGAAGAGAAGCAGAAAUACUUGAGAGAAGUCAACGACAUUCAAGGAUAUGGGAACGAUAUGGUUAUUUCUCAACAACAAACACUUGAUUGGACUGACCGGCUAUACCUUUCUGUGUAUCCACAAGAGGCUCGAAAGCUCAAAUUGUGGCCUCAAAAUCCCCAAUCUUUGAGGGGAACCUUAGAACAAUAUUCGAGGAAGUUACAAGUGGUAACAAAAACUGUCCUUGUGGCCAUGGCGAGGUCAUUGAAUUUGGAUGAUAAUUGCUUUUGGGAGCAGUAUGGAGAAAAAGGGAAAAUGGAUGUGAGGUUUAACUUAUAUCCUCCUUGUUCAAGGCCUGAUGUUGUCCUAGGUCUCAAACCACAUGCAGAUGGAACAAUAAUCACCCUUCUCUUGCAAGACAAACAAGUCGAAGGCCUUCAGUUUCUUAAAGACGAUCAGUGGUUUAGAGCUCCCAUUGUUCCUGAGGCGCUUCUCAUUAAUGUCGGUGAUCUAGCAGAGAUAUUGAGCAAUGGAAUAUUCAAGAGCCCUGUACACAGGGUAUUGACAAAUCCAGACAAGGAGAGGAUUUCUUUGGCUGCUUUCUGCUUGCCUGAAUUAGAUAAAGAGACUGAACCUUUUGAAAGCCUAGUCAAUGAGUCAACGCCAAAAUUGUACAAGAAGGUGAAAAAUUAUGAUCGCACAUAUUUCGACUACUACCAGCAGGGGAGGAGACCAAUUGAAGCAUCAAAAAUUUAA